AUGACGUACACCACGUUUUCGCCACGCCCUUAUUCUGCCAUCGGCGAAACUCAUUGUGAAUCGGGAUUCGUCGCUAAAGACCACUGUGUUCCAUUGUCUCUGAAGAGCUACAACAUUUCUUCGUAUGAAAAAGUCAAGUACGUGCAUUUGUCAAGCGUGGGUAACCCUGUGUUCUGCAGAGACCUCGUCUGUUCAGUAGAGUCAUUUCCACCAUCCACAUCUUGCUCCUUUGAUGUUGAAAUCCACACACCAUUGUCACCACAUUCCACCCAGUAUUCAUCGGUGUCCAUGGAUUUCUGCAUCUUUAACGGCAUUGGACGAACUAGUCUGGUGAUAAAUGCUUUGUACCUGCUGGUAUUUCAACCUGUAUUCACCUGCGUCGGCAACCGAGGAAUAACCACAGUUGUGAGGGGCAACAAGUUGGGCGUGAUGAUUUCAACAGAUUGCAACAAAGUUUCUGUAAGGGCAAAUAUAAAAUACAUUCCUUACGACAAAAUCUCAAAUUCGGUAUUCUGUAGAGAUCUGUUUCAAAUGAUAGAGUCUGUUUCUCCAUCAUUGUUGUGCACCUAUGAUCUCCAAAUACACACUGCACUGUCAGAGACAAUCUCAUAUUCAUCUGUGUCGGAUGACUUCUGCAUCUUUAAUGCUUUUGGAAAAACAGAUUUAGAGCCAGGGACUAUGUACCGUGUGGAAUUAUAUCCUACAUUCACCCCUUUGGCCAACCAAGAAAGCAACCUGCCUUUCAGAGGAAGUGGACUGUCUGUGACUCUCAUUACAGAUAGGCCUAGUGAUUCCUAAAUAACAUUUAAAGAAUCAAGAAAGAAAAGGCUAUUGUUAAAUUGUCUUUUGUGAGCCAAUGCAUACCACAAGUACACUGUCUCAUUUGCGGGAAAAUACUAAAUUUGCGGGAAAAUACAGAAUUUGCCGGGGAGCACGAAACGUCACGUAACUGGUUGUAUGAAAAUACAAACUGCGGAUGAGACCAACAAAAUUCUCUCCAACACGCCUCACUGAUUGAAUUGGUCAAAAUUCUUGAAUUCAUUAUACCACAAUUCGUUAAAUUUGAAGAUUUCUUGAGCACGUUUUGGCCAAAAAAUGUGCAAGAUUUUAGUUUUUCACGUAUUGAAAGCUAAUGCUAGAAUAUAGCAUUGCGGAAUCAGUUGCCAUGUUAGAAGUUGGGCUAAUUAUAAUUAUCACGAACAUAUUUUAAGUAAUAACACGACAUGCUCUUUUACA